GCCAUAUGGAAUAACAUACAAACCUGAUAUUCAUCAUGGCCCAAUCCGAUGAGUUGGAAAUUAUCGAGGGUUGGUACGGACCAUAUCCUGAUGAAAUGCUCGAGGUAAAUAGUCAUAUUUAUAUAUAAGGUUUCGGGAUCAGGUACACUCAAAAGGAGCUACUUUGUAGUUCUUAUCGUCUAGUUUGGUCGUCCUUCCAUUUUCAACUGUUCAAAUACAAACAUAAUAUCAUGGCAUAUUAUGACGUUUGCUACGAAAUGAAAUGGAUCACAGUGCUCAAUCGACACUGCUUCUUAUUAUAUUCAGAUUUGUAAAUAUUUAUUGCAUACAGCUAGGUUCAGAAGGUACAGCCAUUGACAUGUCAAUCUGUGUGAACUUUCGAUUACUUUUGUUCGAAAUGUACUUUAGUAAAGCACAGGUAUACCUUGUAGGAUGAGAAUAAUUUAUCGAGAGACACUGUAGGUGAUAUGUCAACAUACUUAGGAAGCGUACAGGUGAGCGAGCGUUCGACUCCACUGUAGAGAAUAUGGACACACAAAGGAAGCGUACAGGUGAGCGAGCGUUCGACUCCACUGUAGGGAAUAUGGACACACAAAGGAAGCGUAUAGGAAAUCAAACAGAAAGCAAAGAAAGAUAUAGGGGAAAUGGACAAAACCAUUAAUAGACUGGACCAAGUUGUUCGUGUAUGUCAGGACUUUCAAAGAAAAAAUAUUUCACUAUGUCCGAAGUGUAGAGCUAGAUGUUCUAACAAGAACAACGUCAGUGCAAAAACAGAACGUCCGCAAAACACGGAUAAAGAACAUUCAGAAAAACAAAAUAAAAAAACUUUGGUCUCGCGCGUUAGCCAUUUACCAGUUAUUUCCAAAACACAUGAGGACAAAAUGAAAGACAAAGAUUUUUCUACAGUAUUCAAGAGCAAGAAGCCUAGUAGGAAAGGAGCGCAAUCUUCUUCUACCGAAAUGACGAUCGCAUCAGAGGAUUUUCAGUUAGUUCUGGAAGCGAAAAAUAGUGCGUUUGAAAACUUACAUAAGAAAACAGCGUCAGAAUACGAAAAUUUGGAAAUGUUUAAUGCAAAACUAAAGGAGGAAAAUGAGCACCUUCAAUCAAAAUUAUCUUCAACCAUGUUAGAGAACGAAAAUUUGAAAAUAGAAAACGGCAAACUAAAAGAGGAAAAUGAGCAACUCGAAUCAACAGUAUCAUCAAACCAGAAAGGAUUAAAAGAGCAAAUCACUGGCUUUACAAAUCAGAUUACCGAACAAAAGAAACAGAUUGGAGAACUGGAAAACGAUCUGGAUAAAAAGGAUGAUGAAUUGCGCAUGGUCAAGAAGGAACUGGCCGAGGCAAAGCGUCCACGCGUAAAGGACAUAGUGUUGGGCAUACGAAGUGAGCGCAGCGGGAUGGGUAAGACAAUGAUCGAGAUGGUUAACAGGGAACUGUCGGGGCAGCUACAGAAUAUACUGGAGAAGGAAAACGUACGCCUGACAGUGAAACAAUGUGCGGCAGCUACAGACGUUCCAAAGGGGCUGAUGGCUGUCCUGUGUCUAGACAUGUCCAGGGUGGGCACUAACAUUAAGGACGCACUGGCUGGUAUCAAAGUCAACAGAGAUGUGUUUGUCAUCGUGUUUCAUCAUACCAGCAAGGAGAAUUUAUCAUCAUUGACUCCAACGAGCCUUCGCAUCACCGGAAGUGAGCAACGACAACUCGGCGCCAUCAUUGAUAUGGUGUUCAGCAGUGACAGCGGUAUAUAUGAAUGUGACCUCAACACCACAGCUGUAGCAAACAUAGCUGCUCUCAUCACGAAAUACUCAUGAGUUCAUUAACAAUUUUAGAGUUUGCCGAACCGUGUAUUCAAUCGUCGAAUCCCUUUUGGUCAACAUGCAAUGUUACAUCCAGAUAUGGUCGGAAUAAUGACGAUAAUACAUUUUUUGUAUCGAGAUUUUAAAUGGGUAAUGUCAGUCGCCAAAACGCAAACCAGGUUUUAUGCAUUCAAAUCUUGGCCUUUCUAACCUUGAUAACACGAAUCCAUAUUUAACUUCAUAUACUGUACAUAUAAGUUUUUGUCAAUAUAAACAAUAUUCAUUUGCUUGGCCAAAAUCUUUUUUAUAAUACUGGUAGUAGCAAACAGAGAAAUUAGCUUUAUACACUUGUCUAUAAAUCAUCAUUUAACGAUACUUUUGUAUCUAGAGUUUGUCAGUUUUUGGAAUGAGCGCUUAAUACAGUUUGAUAUCGGUAGCGCUGACUGUUUACAAUCAUAAAGUUAAUCAAUACAUUUCAUUUUCAUUAUAUACCUAAGCUUAAUUUAAAGAUUAUUUCCGGAUGAUUUUCAGAAAUUUCUUCGUUUGAUAGAUGUGCAGUGGUAUGGUUGUUUUAUUUUUAUAUAAUUGAUGAAUUGCCACAACUAGCACCAGAAAAAUCAUAUCUAAUAGGUAAACGUUAUUUAUAAAAAUAGCCUUCUAAUAAUAAAUACUGAUAACAGUAGUAACAAAAUUAAUACAGUCGAAUUUCGUUCUCUCGAACUUUUAUACUUCGGAGACCCCGUGUAACUCGAAGUAUUUCUUCGGUCCAGGCCAAAACUCUUCUUUAUCUGUGAUAUUUCGAACUCUGAAAACUCGAAAAACUCGGAGAUCCCAAAGUGAAAUACAGUAUUUUUGGUUCUUUAACAGUUGUUAUAUGUAACAAAUAUGGAGUCUAGUGAUUUUAUAAUAACCUACCGCUGGUAAGUAAAAUCAGCAUCUGCAGGUUACGUUGUACUUUUUUGAUUACAGGUAUGUUUCUAUGGUAACAUUGUUUCCACUGGAUUACCCGUAUGUUUCCAUUUAACCCAUUAUUUUGAAAAAAAAUAUUGCGUGCGAUUAUAUUUUCUAAUUUCUUAGAAAUAUGAUGACCUAUGUCAUUGUAAGAAUUUAUAAAAACGAUAUAUGAAAUUAAUUUGAAUUGUCAUAAAAAUUAUACAGGAUAUAAAGACGUUUAGACAUUGUUUAUACACGCAUGUCCAAAUUAGCAUGACCUAUACAUAAAUAUAGAUAAGGGGAAUUACUUUUCGGGCCUUUAAGGGACUAUUAGCUUUAAGGUGAUAUGAUAUUUAGUUUGAAGAUGUCUGGAUCCUAACCAGUAUGCUUGUUGUUGGAAAGUUAGGCUCCUUUAGGAUAUGAAGAUUUUAUU